AAUAUAUGACAUAAUAUAUUUAAUAUAUAAUGAAAGUCAUAUAAUGUAAUACUUCAUUAUGCUUUAAGUCCUGUUAUAAAUAUUGUUGCAAUAAGUUCUCUACUCAACUUAUCAGAUUUUCCAAAAACUUUUAAUAGUAAAAAAAUUGAACAUGGAUGGUAUCAGGUUUGGAAAGACAAUAAUCAUUUUACUAUUAAAAAUAAUGAAAAAGCAGCAUUGAAAAUGCUUUUAUCUCCUCCUAAUAUAACUGGAACAUUGCAUUUAGGACAUGCAUUAACUGUUACAAUUCAAGAUAUAUUAGCAAGAUGGUAUAGAAUGAAGGGACAUUCUGUAAUAUGGAUACCAGGUUUUGAUCAUGCUGGAAUUGCAACACAAAUGAUGAUAGAAAAAUAUCUUUUUAAAGUAAAAGGUAUUAGUAAGUCAGAUGUAGGAAAAGAACAGUUUCUGUCAUUUAUUUGGCAGUGGAAAAAUAAAAAACAAAAUAAUAUAAAAUCUCAAUUAGAAGCUUUGGGUGCUAGUUUAGAUUGGUCUAAAGAAUACUUUACAAUGAGUAAGGACCAUAAUGUUGCUGUGAUAAAAGCACUUGUCAUAUUGAACAAUCGAAAUUUAUUAUAUAGGGAGAAAGAUUUGAUAAAUUGGUCUCUUACUCUACGUAGUACAAUAUCGGAUAUUGAGGUAGAACGUUUAUACAUUACUAAAAAGACACAGCUCCAAGUUCCAGGAUACAAGAAAAUGAUUACAUUUGGUGAAAUAGCAUAUAUAGCUUAUCCAGUGAAAGAUUCAAAACAUGAGAUAGUAGUAGCAGCUAUUAGACCAGAAACUCUUUUCAGAGAUGUAGCAAUUGCUGUUCAUCCAGAUGAUGAAAGGUACACAAAAUAUAUUGGGCAUCAAGUUUGGCAUACUUUAAGAGAAACAUACAUUCCUAUUAUUUCUGAUCCUUUAGUUGAUAGACAAUAUGGUACAGGUGCAGUAAAAAUAACAUCAGCGCAUGAUCCUUUAGAUUACCAGAUUGCAAUGAAUCAUCAAUUAGAAAUUAUUAAAGUUAUUGAUGAAUAUGGAAAUAUAACAGGAAUAGGCAAACACUUUAAAGGUUUGCCAAGAUUUAUUGCUCGAGAGAAAGUUUUAAACGAAUUGUCAAAUAAAGGUAUUCUAAAAGGUAUCAGCGAUCACGAGAUGUAUGUGCCAUUGUGUUCACGAUCUCAUGAUGUCAUAGAAUACUUACUCAAAGAACAAUGGUUUAUUAAAUGUGAAAGUAUGGCUCAGAAGGCACUACAAGCUGUGGAACAGGGACAUUUAAAAAUAAUACCUAAUACUUAUGAAAAAUCGUGGUAUGAUUAUCUCAAUAAUAACAGAGAUUGGUGUAUUUCAAGACAAAUGUGGUGGGGACAUUCUAUUCCUGCAUAUUAUGUUACAGUUGAAGAUGUAAAAUUAUAUAAAGAUCAAGAUGUAUUGGAUACUUGGUUUUCUUCUGCAAUACUUCCGUUUGCAGUAAUGGGAUGGCCAAAGAGGACAGAAGAUUUUAAAAGAUAUUAUCCUUUAACAUUAAUGGAAACGGGAAGUGAUAUUCUUUUCUUUUGGGUUGCAAGGAUGGUAAUGCUAGGAUUGGAAUUGACUAAUUGUAUACCUUUUAAUGAAGUUUUACUGCAUGGUCUUGUAUGUGACGCUUAUGGAAAGAAAAUGUCUAAAACAACUGGGAAUAUUCUUCCUCCAGAAAAUAUUAUCAAUGAUAUUACCUUAAAUGACCUGAUUGCACAAAUGAAAGAAAGUUAUAAUACAGGUUUAAUUAGUGAAUCUGUUUUAAAACGAAUGUUAAGUGCAAAUAAUAAACAGUUUCCUAAUGGUAUACCAGAACAUGGUGCAGACGCGUUACGUAUGAUAUUAUGUAGUCACAAUAUUAAAAAUGACCUAUCAAGUUUGAUAUUAUAGAGUGCCAAACAAACAAAUUCUUUCUAAAUAUGAUUUGGCAAGCAGGUAAAUAUAUCUUACUGACACGCGAACAAGUGUAUCAAGAACCUACAACUAUGACAAUUAUUGAUCAAUGGAUUCUAAGCAGAUUAUCUCUAAUGAUAAAUAUAGUCAGCGAUUCAUUUAUGCAACGAGAUUUCCCCAAAGCAAUUGCAUCAAUGAAGCAAUUUCUAUAUUAAGAGUUUUGUGAUUUUUAUUUGGAAGUAAUUCAAUGGAGAUAUAAGAGCAAAGAUAUAGAUGCAUAUAUAAGUAAUACAUAUAGCUUAAGAAAAUGUUUAGAAGUAUUUUUACGUAUAUCUGCACCUAUAAUUCCAUAUAUAUAUGAUGAUUUGUACAAAAGAUUAUCAAAUGAAUUCCCAGAAUUUUUAUCAGUGCCAUCAUUAAUGCAAGCACAAUAUCCAGUACCACAACAGUGUAAUGAAUGGAGAGACGUUUCUCUAGAUGAAAAAAUAAACGAUGUCUUAAAUAUUAUAUUAAAAAUCAGAAACAUUAUAGGUAAUGUUAGCAAAAAAUUAAAUCCAGC